AUGUUAUGUGUUCAAGACUAUCCUCAUUCUCAAAGUAUUUGUAAGAAAAAGGAUUAUUUAUGUGUUUGUGUAGAAGAUGGAACUCAUUAUUUCUGUGGUCCUUGGGCACUUAAUGUUGUUGAUAUAACUCCGCUUGAACCUAGAUUUACUACAUUAUCAAUAAUUAUAAUGGUGGUUGGAUAA